AUGGACUAUAGCCGCGGCGGAACUGCGGCGGAGCACCAUGCAGCGCUGCGGGAGCCCUUCGGAUUCGAACGUCAGUGCGUCGUGUGCUCCCUUCCGACCGACAAACUCCAACAGAGCGAUGAGCGUCGCGGUCCGAUCGAGCGUCUCGAAGAGGCGAUUGGUGACCCGCUGCGCAUGAUGCAGCAGCCCGGCGCCAGAUUGACAGGCUGCCGGUCCCUGCUGCGGCUUCUGGUGGAGGUGUAUACCGAGGUUGGCGCGGGACUACUGGUGGCUCGACUGUAUAAUGACGCCUUUCAGAUCUGCGCUGCCCAUGGCGAUCGGGCGCGGGCUGCGGUGUUCGCCGAAAGGGCCUACAAGGCCAGAAUCAUGCGUGAAAGAGAGAGGAUAGUCCCGAGGCGCAGAGGGUGA